GGAGAAGUACAGUAAUACCUCUGCUUACAAACCGUCCUCCUUGCAAACGCUUUAGCUUCUCUCUCUAUUCAUAAAACUCUGUAUGUAGGGCAUUUCCCCUCCCUAAUUCUUUAUUUGUUUGACUAAACUGCGGGAGGCAGUGGAUGACAGGAGUGCCUGGCGUGCUCUGGUCCAGGGGGUCACAAAGAGGCGGACACGACUAAACGACUACACAACAACAACAGGGUCGGUGGCAAUCCAGCCCUGGUUCCUAGGAAGACUCAUCCAUGCUUCCUCAGGGAACAUUCUUCUUCUCUUGGCUGUGUAUUGAUCUUACAAUAGAAUAGUGUGUUUGAUUCGUAGGAUUUGCUGCACCUUCCAUUAGAACUUGGCAGAGGACCAAGGGGCUCCUUCCAAUCUCUUGGAGACCUCCAGAGAGCCCAGAUGGAUGAGCAAGACUCAGCUGGCCCUGAAGCAGGAAGAGGCCAUGCCAUAGAAACUGAGAGCAAUGGGGGAUUCCAUGAAGACGCCGUGCAGAAGAUCCUGGGUGAGGAGGACACCCCUUGCUCAGAGGUGCAGAGCCAGCAGCUCAGGCAGUUCUGCUACCAGGAGGCCAAAGGACCCCGAGAGGUUUGCAGCCAAUUCUACCACCUUUGCCGUCUAUGGCUGAAGCCAGAAAGGCACACGAAAUCUCAGAUGUUGGACCUGGUGAUCUUGGAGCAGUUCCUGGCUGUCCUUCCUCUGGAGAUGGAGAACUGGGUGAGGGAAUGCGGAGCGGAGACCUGUUCCCAGGCGGUGGCCCUGGCCGAAGGUUUCCUCCUGAGUCAGGCAGAGGAGAGGAAGCAGGCAGAGCAGCAGAGGAAGGAUCUUUUGGCAGAAAUGGGUCUUGAUUCUUCUGAGGCAGAGAAGACUCCGCUCGACGCCAGAGUGAGGCCUCUGGGAGACGGAAUGAUGCCACCAAGACCUGCUCCUUCAUCUUUUCAUGGUGGUGGAGGGGAGGCAGCAGCUGUGGACCCAGAUCAGGGUCCAGUGUGCUUUGAAGAUGUGGCUGUCCAUUUCACAGACGAGGAGUGGGCGUUGCUGGAUCCUGACCAGAGAGCUCUCCAUAAGGAAGUCAUGGAGGAGAAUCGUGGGAUCUUGGACUCUCUCGUUUCAGGUGGUGAUGAAUUGGAAAUGAAGAACAAGGGAGACUGCAACGAAAUCCACACAGUGGAGGAGCUAUAUCAGGAUUCAGACUGUGGAGAGAGCUUCAGUCAGAGCUCCCAUUCCACUUCCCAUCAAAUAAAUCCCCUUGAGAAGAAACACUAUCACUGCUUGGAGUGUGGAAAGAGCUUCAGUAACAGCAACUAUCUCACUUUGCAUCGUAGAAUUCAUACAGGGGAGAAACCCUAUCAGUGUGUGGAAUGUGGAAAGAGCUUCAGUCAGAGCUCCCAACUCACUUCCCAUCAAAGGAUUCAUACAGGGGAGAAACCAUAUCACUGCUUGGAGUGUGGAAAGAGCUUCCGUCAAAGCUUCGAUCUCACUUCCCAUCGUAGAAUUCAUACACGGGAGAAACCCUAUCAGUGCUUGGAAUGUGGAAAAAGUUUCAGGAAGAGCUCCGAUCUCACUUCCCAUCAAAGGAUUCAUACUGGGGAGAAACCCUAUCAGUGCGAGGAAUGUGGAAAGAGCUUCAAUCAAAGGGCCAUGCUCACCUCCCAUCAAAGGAUUCAUACUGGGGAGAAACCCUAUCAGUGCUUGGAAUGUGGAAAGAGCUUCAUUGACAGACGCUAUCUCAUUGCCCACCAGAGAAUUCAUACAGGGGAGAAACCCUAUCAGUGUGUGGAAUGUGGAAAGAGCUUCACUCGGAGUGCCAAUCUCACUUCCCAUCAAAGAAUUCAUACAGGGGAGAAACCCUAUCAGUGCGUGGAAUGUGGAAAGAGAUUCAGAAAUUGCUCAGAUCUCACUUCCCAUCAAAGGAUUCAUACAGGGGAGAAACCCUAUCAGUGCGUGGAAUGCGGAAAGAGCUUCAGUCAGCGGGCCAAGCUCACUUCCCAUCAAAGGAUUCAUACAGGGGAGAAACCCUUUCAGUGCAUGGAAUGUGGAAAGAGUUUCAAUCAGAGGGACAAGCUCACUUCCCAUCAAAGGAUUCAUACAGGGGAGAAACCCUAUCAGUGCGUGGAAUGUGGAAAGAGCUUCACUGAAAGCUCCUCUCUCACCUCCCAUCAAAGAAUUCAUACAGGGGAGAAACCCUUUCAGUGCAUGGAAUGUGGAAAGAGCUUCACCUGGAAAGAAAGUCUCACUUCCCAUCGUAGAAUUCAUACAGGGGAGAAACCAUAUCACUGCUUGGAGUGUGGAAAGAGCUUCAGUCAAAACCGGGGUUUCAUUUCCCAUCGUAGAAUUCAUACAGGGGAGAAACCUUAUCACUGCUUGGAUUGUGGAAAGAGCUUUAGUCACAGCCACGAUCUCACUUCCCAUCGUAGAAUUCAUACAGGGGAAAAACCCUAUCAGUGCGUGGAAUGUGGAAAGAGCUUCAAUCGGAGUUCCCAUCUCACUUCCCAUCAAAGGAUUCAUACAGGGGAGAAACCCUAUCAGUGCGUGGAAUGUGGAAAGAGCUUCAGUCAGAGCUCCCAACUCACUUCUCAUCAAAGGAUUCAUACAGGGGAGAAACCAUAUCAGUGCCUGGAAUGUGGAAAGAGCUUCAGUCAAAGCAACAAUCUCAUUUCCCAUCAGAGAAUUCACACAGGGUAGAAACUAUUUCAGUGCCAAGAGUGUGAUCGGAGGGAUUUAUGAAAGUCUGGUCUCAUUUUUAAAGUUCUUUUAUAAAAUAGAAUUGGAGCUCUUAAAAGGACUGGCUGAAAAAGCUAAAAUCAAGACAGGUUUGGACAAGUUUGUUUCUCUUUGAAGGAUAAUAUUUCUUCUACUCUGAGCCACUUAAAGAGAAUUGGAUUCCUGCAAGACAACCACUCUUAUCUGGACACCUAAACUGCUAUGUCCUCUUGGACACAUUAUUUCUAUUUUCUGUUUUAUGGUUCCUCUCCUAAAGUAAUUAUUUGGUUUGUUUGUUUAAUUUGAAUCUUAAUUUAAGAAAUUGGAUUUUAUGUUAAACAUAUUAUGUGUGUUGGGUAUCAGGCUGGAAGGAAGAGGGAAGGCUGGAAAAAUGCAGGAAACAGGAUCUCUUGGGAAAGAGUUAUUCUGUGACCUUGACAAACUGAUAAGGUGCUGCUUUGAGAACAAGGGAGAGGGAGAUUUUGAAGAUCGCAGUUCAAAAACAGUUUACACCAGGCCUGUGUUAGAUUUGGAGAAGCUAUUAGCCCGAAUUGAUAAAAAUAAUGAAAUGGAGACAAAUUUGACCACUAAAGUAGAGACACUGACAGAGAAAACAGAAGCACUAGAUAUCUCUAUGAAAGGAAGGAAGGGAGAAGUCUGAAAAGCUGGAAGACAAAAAGUGGAAAUCAGAACAGGAGAUGCUUAGGAUUGAUGUGGACGGUUUGGGUGGAAGGUAAGAGGCAACUGCGGGCGUUUAGGCGGUCCUAGAGAUGAGACAGAAAGCCCAGCCUCUGAGACGGAGAGGAGGGAGGAGAGCAGGAUUUUAGCAAAGGUUUGAGCGGAGUGGCUGGGAGUGGAAGAGGAAUUCAUGGAGGAGGCGCCACCCUCCUCACAGCUGGGGGUGGUGGCUUUUGGGUAGAAAACCAAUGUGAAUAAAUCCCCCCAGUGCCACCCCCUGGCCGGUCUUCCUGUCUCCCUCUCCUUGUGCCCCCACCCUGCCCCAAUCAAAGUCCCAGCCAGCAGCUGCCCCCCCCCAGGCCUUCCUCCGCCCACCUUGGGGCCUCAAGGCAUGCGGGCAAGUAGGAUCUUAGAAUGCAACAACUGAUUGGCUUGCAGGAAAAGACUAAUCAGGCUCCAGGAGGGAAGCAGAAUCUGUUAGGAUAUUUCUGUUCCUCCUUUAAAAAGGGAACAGGCUGUUGUGUGUCACAUGGCUGUUUACUUCCUGCUCACUGGGAGUUUCCGUUUUGUAUAUAGCUUUUGUUCUGGCUGUUUUCCUUGACAUGGAUGCAAGCAGACAUGUUUUUCCUUUGUUCCGACCAACGUUGAAUAAAGCUGUAAAUAUGCUCUCCUGGGUGAAUCUUCCGUUGUGGAAACUCUGCGAGAAGGGCGUGCAUGAGUCUUGGAAUGCGUCUGAGGCUCGUGUCGCUAUUUGACUGAUGCUGUUCCAAUGGGAGACCGGAGAUCGUCUGGAGACGACAUGGAGGCCUGAUGCCUCUGUCUCCCUGGCAGGAUCCCAACAGAAACAGCCAAUCAGACGAGACUCGUUGUGUAAAUAAUGUAUAUAAAAGCCUGAGGUUUGGGGGGCAAUUAAAUCACUGUUUUACAAACUGCAAUAAAGAG